GCGCACGCGCACGUGGAUCUACAGUGCGCACUGUACCACGCACAGCGUGCUUCGACUCGAUCACAGCUCUUACGAUCGAUCACAGAUCCCUUGCACAAACAUCGACAUCGCUUACAGUUGUCUCAUAGAGUCACAUCGAGCCCCUCGCACAAAUCGACGUGACAACGGAGCUUCUGCACGCCUUCGAUUAGCACACGAUUGGGUGCGUACGGUACGAAAGAAGUUCAACGUCGCUCCGUACAGAUAACAAAGCAUGGCCGGGCUGGAGCUGCUGUCAGACCAGGGCUACCGCAUCGACGGCAGGAAGGCGUCCGAGCUGAGGAAGAUCGCCUGUCGCAUGGGGGUGUUCGCACAGGCCGACGGAUCGGCCUACGUGGAGCAGGGCAACACCAAGGCCCUGGCCGUAGUCUACGGGCCCCACGAGAUGCGUGGCAACAGAGGGAAGGCGAUUCACGACCGAGCGCUGGUGAACUGCCAGUACAGCAUGGCCACGUUCAGCACGGGCGAGCGCAAGAGGCGGCCUCACGGUGACCGCAAGUCAAUCGAGAUGUCGAUGCACCUGAGGCAGACCUUCGAGGCGGCGAUCAUGACGGAGCAGUACCCACGCUCCCAGAUUGACAUCUAUGUGCAAAUCCUGCAAUCGGACGGAGGCAACUACUGCGCCUGCGUAAAUGCAGCCACUCUCGCGCUGGUGGACGCGGGAAUCCCGCUCAAGGACUACGUCUGUGCUUGCUCGGUGGGCUUCGUGGAUGACACUCCUCUCGUGGACAUCAGCUUCGUGGAGGAGUCGGCGGGGGGACCAGAGCUCGCCCUUGCACUGCUUCCAAAGAGCGAGCAGAUUGCACUACUGGAGCUCAACUCACGGCUCCACCAGGACCACCUGCCAGCCGUGCUGGAGGCCGCCACACGUGCCUGCAAGGAUGUGCACGCCGUGCUGGACCGCGUGGUGCGCGAGCACUUGCAGGAGGCCACGUCACAGCUUGGUUAAUGAAACCAGAGUACUACUGGAUCAGCAUUGUUGUGUUUGUACCCAUUUAUUAUUCUGAUAGGGAUGCUGCCAUGGGGGUCAUGGUUAGCACACUGGACUUGUAAUCUGGAGAUUGUAAUUUCGAUCUCCUGUCAUUUGAAAUGAUUGGCAAGGUUUUUGAAUUCCCCCUGCCUGUCCACCCAGCAGUAGAAAUGAAUACAUAGUUGAUCAGCAGAUCGCAUGUCGGGUAAAGUGUGGUUACUCCCAGCUUGUCGAAGACGUCUUGCCUGUGUGGAAGAGUAGGUCCAAAUAUCAUCUGAUGGAAAUCCUUCCUCCAGCAGUACGAGCAAGAAAUUGAAGGGCGGCACAUUUACAUUGUACCUCUUAUAAUUGUGUUAUUGCUUAAUUCCAUGAGGUGAAGACCUUUUCAUUGUGGAAUUCGAACCGAAAGUAGUGCUACAUCAUCACCCCAUGCAAGAAAACAGCCUUUGGAAAAAGAUAUAACCAAUUCUAAGGUUCUUUCAUUUGCAUCUUAACAUUAGGUGGUUGUAUACCUUCUCAGAUGUUCAUCUUUAAAUUAAUAUUAUGCUUGUUUAUCCAGGAAAGCCUCAUUAAGUCUCAUUACUUUUUCAGGAGGGCCCUUCCAAUUUUUCAGAGUUCGGAGUGAGAGAGCUGGCAUGUUUAAUCAAAUUUAUGUACUUUUCGGGUAUUUUUUUAAGUGUGGGAAAUCUGGACCAUGACUGGCACACAUCGGUGAAUCAUGUCAUGGGACCUGCAAUGCCCACUGUAAAACAGACUGUACCUAUUUUUGAUAGUUAAUACAUCCACGGUAAAAAUAAGAGCAGCUGAUUGUGUUUGAAAUGUGACUGCUCUAUUGCUUGUCCAUGUCACUACCCACAUAUACUUUUGUCAUGUGGCAAAAAUAAGUUAUUUAUGCAUGCUGGAAUAAGUUUAAUUGAUAAAUCUAAUAUUUUAUGUGCAGCCAUUAAAAUAAGUCUGAUACGCACAAUUUUCGAUGAGAAUCGAUUCCAGAAUCUCAGCAGUUCCUGCAAUGUGCUCCGAUAUGGUAUUUGACCCUUGAACCACCUGGUCAUUUUAUUCCUCCAUUAGGAUGUAUUGUGAAGUGCCUGUUGAAUUAUUGUUUUUUGAACAAAAAUAAUGGAAUACUGGGAUGUACUUUUGUAAGUAUUGUCCGUUAAGGUGUUUUCUUAAUAAAGUACGGCAAAUAA